AGCCAGCCUCUCCUUCUUCCUCUUACCUAUUCGUCUCCUCUGCCUCCGUUGCUUUCUCUCAGCAGCAGCAGACAAACUAUAUAUGAAUUCAAGAAUGAACUGAAUCGAUAUCGGAUUGGGUCCGAGGAUCCUCUCACCGAUGGAGUCAACCCACAGAGAAUCCGAUCGGGUGAAGGGUCCGUGGAGCCCAGAGGAAGACGAGCUGCUCAGGAAACUCAUCCAGCGCCACGGCGCUCGGAACUGGUCCCUCAUAAGCCAGUCGGUGCCGGGGCGGUCCGGCAAGUCUUGCCGGCUCCGAUGGUGCAACCAGCUCUCCCCGGAGGUCGAGCACCGGCCGUUCACCCCAGAGGAGGACGAGAUCGUCAUCUGGGCCCAUGCAACGUACGGAAACCGGUGGGCCACGAUCGCGAAGCUCCUGAACGGCCGGACCGACAACGCGGUCAAGAACCACUGGAAUGCUACCUUGAAGCGCAAGCAAGCCGGCACUGCCACCCAGCAGCCGCCAGAGAAGAAGCUCUGCAUUGACUACGGCAGCAGCCCAAGCCCUGGCACAACGUCGGCAUCUGGGGUCAGCGACUCUGCUGCGGUUCCUCCAUUCAUAGACGAGUCAGGCUGGGCGGCGACACCGGACGAUGGCCCGUCGACUCUACUGACGCUGUCGCUGCCCGGGAGCAACUCGACCCACUCGGGCACGUUGCUGGAGAAAGACAGCUCAUCGGCCCCAGAGAGUGGUGGUCGCCGUGAAGUCAAUCCGUUAACAAACGGCGGGGACCCCAAGACGGCGUCUUUUGGGGUUGAAUUGAUGUCUCUGGUGCAGGAGAUGGUUAGGACUGAACUGAGGAAUUUCAUGUUGGAAGGAGGAGGCAGCAAGAAUGACGGCUCAUUCGGCUCCGACGGCAGGUUGUGAGUGAGGGCAACUUUUUCGACGUGAGAAUGAAUCAAUUCUUUUCGGCGUCAUUUAACCGACGAACAUUUUUUUUUUUUGGUGGGUUCGACAUCAAUAAAUCAAGAAAUCCUUUUACAUUCGGAGGUUGUCCAAAAAAGCAUUUCUUUUGGUUCUUUAUAAAUAAAUUCACCUCCUGCAUUACGACUGUA